UUGCGAAGAACGCUGUGUUUUGGUAUCGCCGGGAAGUCAAAACACGAUUCUCUCAUCAUAUUGCGUCAAAAUUACCCGUAGUAUAAUGAUGAAGUACCACCGUGGCCACAUGGAGUGCCUUCCUGAAUUGUAAAACUUGAUCACCCUUCACCAUGGCUCUCGUCUUCGGCAUCGGUGCUGGCCUGUUCACCCUAGCCAUCAUAUGGGGCUUCUCUCUACUGAUGUCCAUCAUCUUGUCCAGGGCUUCCGGGGGUGCCAAGUAUGGAGGCAUUGCUUUGGUAGUGUUGGCUGGUUUGAUUACAGUCAUCCUAAUCAUCUACCCCAAAGAAGGAGUCAACCCUGAACCAGACACACGGAUAACAGACCGAAUGUUCUGGCCGAGAAUCAUCAUUUUGACAGUCAUCAGUAUAUUUGCCCUGCUCUGCCUUGUCUUCAUGUUCAUAUUUCAUUGGACGGAACCCAUCUAUGCCAAGCCCAUCAAGAGCCGAAGAUUCUGAGCCUGUCAACCUGACUCAGACUGGCAGUAAAGUGAGACUCAGCAUCAAAUCAACACCUCAUGAAUUCGUAUAGAGACAGGUUUUUAGCUGCUACAUACUUGCACAAGUUCUGUGAAUGUUAACAGUGUCAGUGCACUGUCAUGAUGAGGCAUAGACCUCUCGGAAGUGACACCAGUUACAUGUAUAUCUUGAAAGCAGUUUCUGGGGUCAAGAGAUGAGUAUUGCUGAGGUGACGUCGUAUUACCGAUGGCAAUUUACAGCUGCCUGCACUUGUUGUCAUCCGUCAUGGGUGUAGGGAGUAUUUUGUACAGCUAUGGAGCCCUGGAUCAUAAACCUUAUAAUCACGGCCGGCCCAAUCUGGGCUUGAAUGGAUUCCCUCGAGCAGGACUUGAAAUAUCCUACCAUCACGUCAUUCACCUGUUCUAAUCGGAUGUGCUGCUGUUGAAAGCUACCCAAGAACAUCAAAGCCCAAUGCAGAGAACUGACACGUAUGUGACAAGCAACAAGUGGCUUGGAAACAAAAGUGGACUUUGUGCACGUAGUGGCCAUUUGAGAUCCUGCUUCCUGAAUCCUCUUGACUUAUUGAGCCCUCAGUAAUGGGAAGGUGCCUAUUGUACUGUGACUCCAGGGUUUGCCUCACUUUGAACAAUUGUUUUCAUUUCAGCCACUACUCAACUACUUUUAACAGAACUUUGCUGUUCCUACAAACCUUUUUUAAUGUAUUCAAAUUGCAUUGUAACCAUUCCUGCAGUAUGAGCUACUGUUAUGCAUACAUAUAGUUUCAGCAAUUGUGGAAACAGCCAAAUUUCUGUUAGUGAUGAGUAGGAUCGUCAGCUUGGGGUAAGCACAGGAACUUUCAUUUCUACAUAUCAUGAGUUCAACUUCUGGCUGGGGGAACUCGGUGUGGUCUUGAUAUGCGUGUUUAGGAUAGGAAAGUGACACUUCAGAGACAGAGUUCUAAUGACCUUCCCCCACACUAAACACCAAUGUUUACUUACAAUGAAGAAUUUUGUACAAGGAAAAUUGCUUUCCAAAGUAUUUUGUAAAUUAUGCCCCGCCCUGGCAAAAAAAGGUUCCAGUGUUCGAGAUUCGGUGCUUGACGUACGUGUAUUCAACAUAAAAACAUGUGCCCUGGGAUGGGUAACUUGUAGCAGCAUGAUCCGUUUAAUAACCCUCUCUCCAGCAUUCUACACAAGUCAAUCGAUUUUGUGCAAGGAUUUUUCAAUCCGAAUCAUAGGUGGGCUGUAGUGAUAAAUUCACCUAAAAUACUUACGAGAUUACACCAAAAAAAGCAGCAGUUCAGGUCACCAGAUUUGCAUCUACAUAUAUUCAGUUUAUUAUGUACAGAACAUUGAAACAAGUGGGGUUUUCCAAAGCUAAAACCAGUUCCCCAAAUCGUGGGUCCGUUUUUGAACCUGUUACUAAUCUUUGCUCACUUUGUACAUGUACAUGUACACCCUAACUCUUUCAACAAAAAUGCCUCCAAACAAACAAACUAUCAUGGCUAUUGUAAACAAAAACCAAUGAAAAAUAUAUGAACACUGUACGUGUGUGUUCACUACCAAAAACUUCCAUGCUAGUACAACACGUACAUGCAACAAGUAUCAUACAAGUUAGCCAAUUUACAAGGAAUAAACUCUUUUAAUCAA